GUUGAUGAAUGUGAUGAGUACCCUAUUUGGGCGAAUUCAAGGCCGCCCAAGAAAAAGAAGACAACCUGUAACCGAUGGUUGCGCUUUUCCUAAGUUAACUCGAGUACGUCUUAAUUCAACGUGCGUCGUGGUCACCAUGGUUGGAAAACCGAGAAAGCGUCUGAGUCUCGGAGAAAAACAUCAGUAUGUUCAUUUUGGUAAACCCCGCCUUCCGUCCCGCACAUUCUCUCUCGGAAUCCUCCGUCUUCUUCUCCGCCACCUUCCUUUAUUCGGCCUAGUACCCUCUCAAAAUGGAAGUUGUUACACUUAUCCAGGCCUCAGGGUCUUGCAGCGGCCCGGGAGCUUGGCACUACGCUACGCCGGCUCAUCUUGACGCUUAGAGAUGUCUCAACGCUCAACAUGACUCAACGCUUAGGGACUGAUAAGUCUCACGCAGCAAUGACAAAGAUGAAGCGAACCCACAACCCACAGCAGAAGUGAGCAAAAAUAAACAAGAGAGAACUCGCGAUAUAGGUGAUGCAAGCACGAGUAAAAGCAAGUAAUAUUGUGUGUAGGGUAUCAAAAACAUCUCUUCUGUUGAGUCACAGCGGAAGGGCCAAAAGCUAGACGGAGACUUCUCCGGUUCUGGCAAGACUUUUGGUGAUCAGACAAGAUCGACGGGUGUUUAGACCCGACGCCAUCUUGCAAGCCUCCCCCGUUCAACACUCAUUCCAAUCCCAUUCUUCUCCUUUCGUUUCAUCGCAUCUUUUCAACGGGGUAUGCACACAUCCUUGAAUAAUCCAAUCCAGCCCUUCAAGCCAAAAUGUGUAUCCUGUUCUCUCGGGCCAACGUUUUCCUUCCAGCCGUAGGAACCAUGUAAUCAAAAAUGAAGUCCAAGAAGAUGGAGAUGAAGAAGAAUAGAAAACAUGAUACAGGGACAAGGUAACCAAAAAGAAAGAAGAAGAAAAAAGAAAGAAAGAAGGAAAAGGAAGAAAAAGCUAGCCGCGACGGAUGAAUGUGGCUGAUAAAAUAAACAGCAAAGUCCUAAAUCUGCGACGAUGAAAAAUGGAAGCGAACUGAUACUAUUCAAGGACGGCUCAGUCAAGCACAACCUUCAAACGGGCCAUGGAACUUCCGGCUUCUCGUAUCGCUUAUUGAACAAAAGGCACGUGUCCUAAGUCAGCCACAGCUUUUGUAGGUUGUCUGGCCUUGCAAAAAGAAGCAUGGAUGCCGGCGAACAUGCCUGCACGUUGUGUAACGUUCGAAGACAUUUUCGUUCCUCCAAGCGGGAGAACCAAGGCAGCCUGCCAUAUGCAUCUGCUGGAUCGCAAUACUGUCG